GGCCCGGAUGGUGCGUGUGCGGGGCCCGUGCAGAGCAGACGCCAGCGCUGCGGGCCUGCAGCCGGGCUGGCAACCGAACCAGCUGAAGGCCGGACUCUGACACCCAUUCUGGACGACACGCUUGUGGCUCUGGUGAUUGAACAGGCCAAAGCCUGGGAGCACGUGAUUUUGAGGGCCCAGCACCACACCUGCCCAGUCCGGCCAAGCACCUGACCCCAUGCUGCAGGAAUAGCACACCCAAGUUCAGACACCCCAGUGGUGCACCAUGCCCAUAGUCGACAAGCUGAAGGAAGCCCUCAGGCCUGGCCGCAGGGACUCGGCUGACGAUGGGGAGCUGGGAAAGCUUCUGGCCUCCUCUGCCAGGAAGGUCCUUCUGCAGAAGCUGGAGUUUGAGCCAGCCAGCAAGAGUUUCUCCUACCAGCUGGAGUCACUGAAGAGCAAAUACGUGCUGCUGAACCCCAGGACAGAGGGAGCCGGCUGCCACAGGAGUGGGGAUGAGCCGCAGGCCAGGACACAGGGCAGCGAGCACGCGUACGAGAGCUGCGGUGACGGCGUCCCCGCGCCCCAGAAGGUGCUCUUCCCUGUGGAGCGGCUGUCGCUGCGCUGGGGGCGCGUCUACCGUGUGGGCGCGGGGCUGCACAACCUCGGCAACACCUGCUUCCUCAACUCCACUGUGCAGUGCUUGACCUACACGCCGCCCCUGGCCAACUAUCUGCUCUCCAAGGAGCACACGCGAGGCUGUCACCAGGGAAGCUUCUGCAUGCUGUGCGUCAUGCAGAACCACAUCAUCCAGGCCUUCGCCAACAGUGGCAAUGCCAUCAAGCCCGUGUCCUUCAUCCGAGACCUCAGAAAGAUCGCCCGGCAUUUCCGCUUUGGGAACCAAGAGGAUGCACACGAGUUUCUGCGGUACACCAUUGACGCCAUGCAGAAGGCCUGCUUGAGCGGCUGUGCCAAGUUGGAUCGUCAGACGCAGGCUACAACUUUGGUCCAUCAGAUUUUUGGAGGCUAUCUCCGAUCGCGAGUGAAGUGCUCCGUGUGCAAGAGCGUCUCAGACACCUACGAUCCCUACUUGGAUGUGGCGCUGGAGAUUCGGCAAGCUGCAAAUAUCGUGCGUGCCCUGGAACUUUUUGUGAAACCAGAUGUCCUGAGUGGAGAGAACGCCUAUAUGUGUGCGAAAUGCAAGAAGAAGGUUCCGGCCAGCAAGCGGUUCACCAUCCACAGGACGUCCAACGUCCUGACACUCUCUCUCAAGCGCUUUGCCAACUUCAGUGGGGGGAAGAUCACCAAGGAUGUGGGAUAUCCGGAAUUCCUGAACAUCCGUCCGUAUAUGUCCCAGAGUAAUGGUGAGCCUGUCAUGUACGGGCUGUAUGCUGUCCUCGUCCACUCGGGCUAUAGCUGCCAUGCCGGGCACUAUUACUGCUACGUGAAGGCAAGCAGUGGACAGUGGUACCAGAUGAACGACUCCUUUGUCCACUCCAGCAACAUCAAGGUGGUUCUGAACCAGCAGGCCUACGUCCUCUUCUACCUGCGGAUUCCAGGCUCUAAGAAGAGUCCUGAGGGCUCCAUCUGCAGGACAGCCUCCUCGCUUCCCGGCCACCCCAGGGUGGUUCCAGACCACGCCAGGAAGAAUAUCAGCAAUGGGACCACAUCCUCAUCAGUGACUGGAAAGAGACCAGACCCUGUGACAAUGAAGAAGCCUCAGACCCCUGAAGAGCUCGGGGUGCCUGUUGCCAGGAAUGGCUCUGUGUCAGGCCUGAAGUCUCAGAAUGGAUACACUCCUCCCAAGCCACCCCUGGGGUUCCCUUCCCCCAAACUCUGCAAAACGCCUACCCACGCGCCGACCGUUCUGGAUGAGCCUGGAAAGAAAGUCAAGAAACCAGCCCCCCCGCAGCACUUCUCCCCACCGCUCAAAACCUCCCCGGGGCCCCCUGGCGCUGGCGAACUGGGUGGCAGCAGGUGUGAGGGCCGCAGGCCCGGCUCCUGGGACGGCAGGGCCACCCUCUCUACCUCACCUCGGCCCCCGGCCGCCAGGACCGCCAACGGGCUCGGGCCCAAGGUGGGUGAUGAGGGCCCCGCCGCCGAGAGGAGGGGCUCCAGCCCUGAGCGCCCUGCUGGCGGUGGCCCCGCCAGGCCCCCCCCGGCCCCCCAGAGUGGAGCCGCCCCUCUUGGCGAUUCUCAGGGAACCCACCCUGCUGGCCCCACCAAGGUGCUGCCGGCCCGAGAGGACGCGGAGCUGGUGAAGGCCAAGUGCCCUGACCUGAGCAGCGCCUCCCCCGAGCCCGCCAACACUAUGUCUCCUCCACCGGCCAAAAAGCUGGCCCUUUCUGCCAGGAAGGCCAGCACCCUGCGGAGGGCAACCGGCAAUGACCUCCGUCCACCUCCCCUCUCUCCAUCCUCCGACCUCACCUUCCCCCGGAAACCCACUCACCCCGUCGUCGCCUCCACCUGGCCUGUCAGUACAAUCCGGGCUGUGUCACCUGCUCCGAGACCAUCCAGCCAUCUGAAGCCCCCCCUUGGCCCCCGCUCCCCGUCACUGUCCAGCAGCCCCCCGCCUCUUGGGACAUCGGACCCACAGAGCCACUUGCCCGCCUCUGCACCCCUGCCUCAGGUCAACGGGGGCUUCCGGGCCCCCUCACACCAGCUGCCGGAGGCCAGCGAGCCCCCCCAGGGUCUCUGUAAGAAGAGGAAGAAGACCCGCGUAGGAGAGACCCAGGGCCAGGGCUCAGAGACCUGCACGGCUGUGGCGGCCCCUCCCGGGCCUCCCAGAAAGAGGAGGAGGAGGAAGAGGAGGCACACGGGGGACACGGACGCCUCCCCUCUGCAGGCGGGGCGCACGCCGGGGCCGCCCUGGAGCCCCGUGCACAGCAAGGAGGGUCAGGCAGAGCCACCGGCGGGCAGACUGGAGGAAGAGGGCGGACAGCAGCCAGGGAAUGGCUGGCCCGUGGGAUGUGUGAGUGACGGCCACCACGUGAGCCGCAGGAAGAGGAGGAGGAAGGGAGCUGAAGGCCUUGGUGAAGACUGCCUCCGCCGGGACCACCCGCCUCGGCAUGGGAGCUGCUCUUCCUCAGAUGUCGUCCAGCCAGAGACCAUUGCAGCAUCACCAAGGAAAAAGAAAAAGAAAAAAAGGAAGCAGGAGUCACAGCAGGAAGUAGAAGAGAAUGAGCCUGAGUGCCAGAGGGGCUCUGUAGUCCCUGGGAGCAGGCCAGGGACAGCUGUGAAUGGCCAGGCUCCCGGAGGCCCCACAGGGCUGGGACAGGCUCCUCUUGUAUCCUGGGACAGAGAGAGAGAAUCUGAUGUGGUCCAGGAAUUGCUCAAAUAUUCAUCUGAUAAAGCUUAUGGGAGAAGAGUUUUGACGUGGGACGGCGAGGUGUCAGCUGUCAGUCAGGACGCCAUUCAGGAGAGCAGGCUGGCCCGCAUGGCCACAGUCAUUGAUGACUGGGACGAAGAGUUCGACCGAGGGAAGGAAAAGAAAUUGAAAAAAUUCAAGAGAGAGAAGAAAAGAAACUUCAACGCCUUCCAGAAACUUCAGAGUAGACGGAACUUUUGGUCUGUGACUCAUCCAGCGAAGGCUUCCAGUCUCAGCUAUCGCCGCUGAACUUGCAGCUGUCAGGAUGGCCUCCAGAGACGCGGUCCCUUCCUGGGGACCGUCUAUCUGGACUGAAGAGCCACUUGCCGAGGACUUGCUGGCUCUGUCGGCUCCAGGCCUGCCAUGGGGGACGGCCCGCAGAGGCCCCGGGCUUCUGUGGAUCAGGACCUCUGGUGACACAACACGCACUGUGACAGACACGGGGACUCUCAGAGCAGGGGGCAGCACAGCAGCUGGGGCCCGGGAUGGGGCUGAGCGCCCUGUGAUGCUGGCCAGCGGCGUCUGGCCUGGAGCUGCGGGGGACAGCGGGGAGGACGGUGGCUGCGCCUUCCCGGUGUGACCUCGAGCUCCAGAGACGACGGCGUGCAGCCAGUUGCUCUUCUCGACGGGCCCUCCGUCCCCUACUCCUGGCGGCUGGCACUGCCAGCUCAUCCUGUGCCUCCCGCUUCCUCAGGUGGGAGCUCUGUAUGCCUUACCUGUCCAGCCUCAGAGCGUCGGCGGCGCCCCGGGCUGGCCCCAUGCCGCUGCCUCUCUCUUUUGUGGAAUUGCGGGGCGGGCAGCCUUGCCCGUGCACCUCUCUUGCAAGAAACUCUAGACCCUCUCUGGAGAGCAGGUGGCUGUACUGGGGCAGGUUGGGGGCUGAAAAGAUGUGCCGACACAUCUGUUUCUCCAGCUGCUACUUGUUCUGAGGUGGCUUUGCUGGACCCUCCCUUGCAGCUGCAGUAACCCGGGGGUCCUUACCGAGGUGGUGGUCUUGGGGUAGAUUCUCCAUUUAUUUUACUACUUGAUAUAAGACAUUUAUUUUUGACCAGG